AUGGCCGGAGACAUGCCCUGGCCUGAGGUGCCCAUAGGCAACAAGAACCAUGCAAAUGCAGCAGUUGUGAUUAUUGGUGCUGGUAUAUCUGGCAUGUGCACAGCUAUCGACCUAAUCAAACAGAACAACUGCAAGAACUUCAUCAUCCUUGAAAAGAGUAGUGGUGUAGGCGGCACAUGGCACGACAACAAGUACCCAGGAGCCUGCUGCGACGUCUGGUCACAGCUAUACUCAUACUCGUUCGCUCAAAAGAGUGACUGGACACGCGAAUACCCUGGACAAGAAGAGAUUCUAUCCUACCUGAUGAGCGUCGCUCAGCAGUACAACUUGUACCAAUACGUUCGUUUCAACACCACAGUAGAGAAUGCAGCUUGGGAUGAUGAGGCGAAGAAGUGGAAGAUCCACGUCAGUACUGCAAAGGGUAGUAAAGAUGCAGAGUUCAACCCAGAGUACGACAUCAACGCAGACUUUUUGGUCAGUGCUGUGGGUCAAUUGAAUGUUCCAAAGUAUCCUCAGAUUACUGGAUUGAAGGACUUUAAAGGCAAAGUCAUCCAUUCUGCUCGUUGGGACUGGAGCUACGAUUUGAAGGACAAGAAGAUUGCUGUCAUUGGAAAUGGCGCCACCGCGGUUCAGAUCAUCCCAGAAAUUGCCAAAGUCGCCAGCAAAGUCGGUGUAUAUCAACGAACACCGAAUUGGCUCACACCUCGACUCGAUGCACCCAUCCCAUCAUGGACGAGAAGCCUGUUCAAAUACGUCCCACCAAUCAUGUGGAGGAAACGUGCUCUGAUGAUGGACUUCCGCGAGUCCUUCUACUUCAUCAUCGGCGACACCUCAGGAGAGGGAGCCAACCAAAUCCGACAAAUGAAUCAAGAAAUGCUAGACGCCUCAUUCCCCAACGAUCCCGAGAUGCAGAAGAAGUUGUUGCCGAGCUACAAUCCAGGUUGCAAACGCAUCAUUAUAAGCGACGACUACUACCCAGCCCUCGCCCAACAAAACGUAAACCUCAUCACCAACGGCAUCUCCAAAAUCACAGACUCGGGCAUCGAAGUCGAAGGCGGAGCACACGAAACCUACGACCUUAUCGUCCUCGCCACAGGCUUUGAAACCCUCGACUUCAUGCACCCCAUCGAAAUGCGCGGCCACGCAUCAAACACCCUCUCCUCAGUGUGGAAAGGCGGCGCAAAGGCCCUCUACGGCAUCACAGUACAAGACAUGCCCAAUUUCGGCAUGCUCUACGGCCCCAACACAAAUCUUGGCCACAACUCCAUCAUCCUAAUGAUAGAAGCUCAAUCUCGCUACAUCAAUGCUUUGAUCUCUCCAGUGCUGUCGGCAAGAAAUGCAGGAAAAGCAUUGUGUAUUCGACCAAAACAGGCGAGGAUGAACGAGUACAACGAAAAGAUGCAAAAAGAACUUUCAAGCUCUGCUUUUGCGGAUCCGAAUUGUCAGAGUUGGUAUAAGAAUGACGAGGGCUUGAUUACGAAUAAUUGGAGUAGUACUGUUGUCGAGUAUCAAAAGAUGACGUCCAAAGUCGAAUGGGAGGAUUAUGAACUCGAAGGUAGUGGGAAAGAGGUUCUGCAGGGUAAGAAAGUUGAGAGACUUGGGAGGGUUAGAGAGGAGAGUGUGGUUAGUAAUGGUGUUUUGGGGGCUUUGGGUAUGGCUAGUGUGGCUGCUGUUGUUGCUGCUGGGUGGUUUGCCAAGGGGGGUGGCAAGUAUAUCUCUAGUCUCAGGAUUAGAUAG